AUGCCUACGGAACAAGUAGAGAGGGGCGCUGAAGAGCAGCCAGGCGUCCGGCCACAACGCCGCCCGUGGACCCCGCCCUUUGGGCCAGCAGGACCGCCCCUAAAGGGGAAGGGGGAGAAAAGGAGGAAAACCACUUCCGGGAGACAGCCGCGAAGAGGGCCAAGCACUUCCGCUCGAAUGAAGCACAUCAACCUGUCCUUUGCAGCAUGCGGGUUUCUGGGCAUUUACCACUUGGGGGCAGCAUCGGCACUUUACAGACAUGGCCGAAAGCUCCUGAAGGAUGUCAAGGCCUUUGCAGGGGCUUCUGCGGGAUCCUUGGUUGCUACCGUCCUACUAACAGCACCAGAAAGAAUAGAGGAAUGUAAUGAGUUUACCUACAAGUUUGCCGAAGAAAUCCGAAGGCAGUCUUUUGGGGCACUCACACCCGGCUAUGAUUUCAUGGCCCGAUUGAGAAGCGGAAUGGACUUGAUUCUCCCUGCCAAUGCUCAUGAGCUGGCCCACAACCGACUGCACGUAUCUAUCACCAACACGAAAACCAGACAAAAUUACCUGGUCUCAAAGUUUUCCUCCAGGGAGGACCUUAUUAAGGUUUGCCUAGCGUCACAGCUCACCAUUCUAUCAAGCCACACGUUUCAGGAGGAACGCGGGAGCACCUGGGCAGCUCAGCCAGUUCUCCUGGCUAGCAGCUUCCUGCCCAUUUACGCGGGCCUGAAACCAGUGGAGUACAACGGGCAGAACCUAGCUGUGAUGACUGGAACUGCAGCAGCCAUUCUGCAUCAUGAGGUCACCAAUACCACCAUGGAGAUGGCCGCAGAGUGAGCUGGAAAGACGUGCCCUGAACGACUUGGGGAGGCCACCCUUACCAGUCCACUCUCCAUUUUCCUUGUAAUGGAAAAAGCAGUACAACUCAUGCUGUUAUCGUUUUCUAUUGGCUGCAACAGAACCCCCUCACCUGUCACGGGAUGACUGCGCUGUAUUUUGCAGACGAGGAGAAAGGGAGGUUCAGAGAUGUGCAUUUGACUUCACAGAGGUCACCUAGCUAGUGAGUGGGCACCUUUCCCAGGAUGAUCUGCAACGUUUGUGUCUCUGCCGUGUCUCCUGCCCCAGUCUGCCUAGUUUGCUGCCCAUUACCCGUGUCUGUGCAAAGUAGACAUGUGACACUUACUUAAUUUUAAGGUCUCCUGAAAGCAUCAGGCUUCCGUUGUGAUUUACUGGUGUCCACAAAGAGGGGGUCUUGAGCACACGGUGAGUGACAGAACCCUCGGAGACCUUGUGCACGUGUGCACACACUUACCAACAUU